UGUUUGUGGGUGUAGAUGUGAGAAGCGGAUCGUGUGGAUUUGUGCUGACUGACGGUGCCGCUUUAUCAGGAGCAUCAUGGACGUGCUGGCCAACUACAGCAUCUUCCAGGAGCUGCAGCUCGUCCACGAUACCGGUUAUUUCUCCGCCAUGCCGUCUCUGGAGGAGAACUGGCAGCAGACGUGUCUGGAACUGGAGCGCUACCUUCAGACGGAGCCCAAGCGUCUCUCCGAGCUCUUCGAAGGCGAGCUGGACCGCCUGCUCUCGCCGGGCUUCAUGGGAGUGGACGGCGAGGACGAGACCGCCCUAAACCCGCCGCACGACGGCCUCGCCGAGACCCCGAGUCCCAGCCUGUCUCCGUUCCGCCGCUCGUCGACCUCGCCGUCGACCCCGGACCCCGGUGCGGCGGUGGACGUGGCCCAGCUGAGCGCGCUCACCUCCCUGACUCCGCCCUCGUCCCCCGAGCUGGAGCGGCACUCGCUCAAGGCCGCUCACACCUUCUGCACCUCGCCCGGCGGGACCCUGAUGCUCAAACUGGCCGUGGCGCGCCCUCUGUCGCCGGGGAACAGCGACGGCGAGCAGGCGGGCGCGGCCGGGGGCAGGGACUCGGCCGAGAACAAGAAGAGGGUGCACCGCUGCCAGUUCGAGGGCUGCAGGAAGGUUUACACCAAGAGUUCUCACCUGAAGGCCCAUCAGAGGACGCACACAGGUGAGAAGCCCUACAAGUGCUCAUGGGAAGGAUGCGAGUGGCGGUUCGCCCGCAGCGACGAGCUGACCAGACAUUACCGCAAACACACGGGCGCCAAACCCUUCAAGUGCUCACACUGCGACAGGUGCUUCUCACGGUCGGACCACUUGGCACUGCACAUGAAAAGGCAUAUUUAAAUAGGGGGGGCUGGAAGGAGAGCAGAGGAGAGGA